CAAUUGAAGAGACGAACUUCGCAGUUUCGCGAACGAAAUUGGUGUCACAUACGAUUUCGUUUUUAAUAUCAAAAUGUAGGCUGAAAAUUGUGUGUUGUUCGCGAGUGAAGGACGAUUUUUGAACAAAGAUCACUUUGUUCUCGAUAAAACUUGACAGCUAUUUCCUUCUCUUUAUCGAUCCCUCUCUGAACUCAGGCCGUUGCAUCUCUCCAGCUCAACCCUAAUUAUGUUUAUAUGUUUUACUUGACCCAUCUGAUCAAGAAAUUUCUUUCGAAAGAGUCAUGGAGAUUGUGGGUGAUUACGAAUAUAACCCUAAGGACCUAAUUGGCCAUGGGGCUUUCGCCGUUGUCUACAGGGGUAGACAAAGCAAAGUAAAAACCGAAUUUCGUGGUUGCCAUCAAAAGCAUCACCAAAAAAAGUUUGGCAAAAUCCCAAAAUCUCCUUGGAAAAGAGAUCAAAAUAUUGAAGGAAUUAACAGAGCUGCAUCAUGAAAACGUUGUUGCAUUAUUAGACUGCAAGGAGUCGCAUCAUAAUGUCUUCCUCGUUAUGGAGUUUUGUAAUGGUGGGGAUUUGGCCGAUUAUUUGGGGUCAAAAGGCACUCUUUCUGAGGAAACCAUUAGGGUAUUUUUAAAGCAGUUAACCGGUGCAAUGAAAGCUCUGCAUGCUAAAGGUGUUGUUCACAGAGAUCUUAAACCGCAAAAUAUUCUUUUGAGUCACAGCUGUGGAAAGUCUUGUCCCCAACCACACCAAAUUACGCUGAAAAUAGCCGAUUUUGGAUUCGCGAGAUUUCUACAAGAUGGCGUGAUGGCUGCAACUCUUUGCGGCUCACCGAUGUACAUGGCGCCCGAAGUCAUUAUGUCCUUACAGUACGAUGCAAAAGCAGAUUUGUGGUCUCUUGGAACUAUCGUGUUUCAGUGUCUUACCGGCAAAGCACCUUUUCAAGCUCACACACCUCAGGCUCUCAAGCUUUAUUAUGAGAAAAAUGCGAAUUUAGGUCCGAAACUUCGUUACAGAAUUCCAGCGGGAACUUCCCCAGAGUUAUCCAAUUUACUUCUGGGUCUCCUGCGGCGAAAUGCAAGAGAUCGCAUGUCUUUCGAUGAGUUUUUCAACCAUCCGUUUUUGCAAGGAGCAAGAGAGAACCAAAGUCCGAUUUCAGUUGAAUUACCAGCAUCUCCGGGUAUUCUGCCUGUACCGGAAAGAACAGUUGAUGUAUCGAGAUUAGACCCGGAAAAUAACAGUACAUGUUCGAGUCCCGAAGACGAUUUCGUUCUCGUUCCCAGCGAUCUCAGCAGUGACGCUGACAAUAAUCCACAACCAAUCAAAUAUACUAAACAACAUGAGGCCGUGAGUCCUCCUCGACCUUGCUUCCUACCUAUCUCUGAACCUAUUCCGGUUCCGACGCAGAGAAGUGCCGCCCAACCGUCUUCUCCAUUAGCUAUCGGUAGGUCGGGCAACAGCGUUAUUCCUCGAUCUCAGCCAAUCAGCAUGAAAUGUAGUGUUGACUCUCACAGAAGUCAUGCUCCAGAUAUUGGUUCACUGAGCCCACCUAGUGUGCAAUUUGUGAUUGGUACUCCUCCUGGAAGAAGGCUGAGCGAAACACCUCCACCACCAAAUACUUGGCAAGUGAGUCCAGUUGCUAGGCAUUCGCACAAUUCUACUGGAACAUCUCCUUUGAGACGGUCUUCUGGAAAUAAUAGCGCUUCGUCGCCACUUCUUACUGGACCGCUGGCGGUGUUAGGUUCUCCUACUACGAAAACAUUACAUGAUAAUAACAAUACCCUUCGACAUUCUCCUGUUAUACCAUUUGGUACGAGGGCGGUUACGUUACCCGAAAUUUCUGAAGCAGGAAGUUUUCAGAGUCUCUUCCCUGAGUUAAAUCAUGGAACAACAGAUGAUCGUCCACUAACAUUCUUUGCUCCCGAAUUGCCCGAAGAGACCCUCCUAGAACGAGAGCACAAUGAGAUUCUUGCGAAGCUCAAUUUCGUCAUAGCCCUAUGUGAGUGUGUCUGUGAGGUUGCACGGACAAGAGCUGGGCCACUCGGAGCGCCGUUGGGAGGAAUGGAGCAAGCGAGUAAUGCUGCUACGCGAAGGAGAGCUGAGCAAGUGAUUCUAUUGGUUAGAGCUCUUCAGUGGCUAAGUUCGGGAUUAAGUCUCGCAACUCAACAGCUUGAAGCUGGCAGAUUGCAGCCCACGGCUAGCGUCAAAGAGGUUGUGAGUACAAUGAACGAAAAGUUUAGGACGUGCUUAGCAGAGUGCAAACAGGUAAACAGUGCCGGCCUUUUAAGACAGACUGGAGCCACAGCAGACAAGAUUCUGUACAACCAUGCUAUCCAAAUGUGUCAAUCGGCAGCGCUGGAUGAAUUAUUUGGUAACCCUGCCGAAUGUUUCCAAAGGUAUCACACCGCGCAAAUAUUGUUGCAUUCGCUGUCGCAACAUGUUAGUCAUAGUCAAGACAGAGCUCUUCUUAUUAAAUAUAAGGAUGCCGUUGAGAAACGACUAUAUGUUUUGCAGCAGCAAGGCUAUAUCUAUGCAACUGAUCCCACGUAGCGCAGGUAAAAAUCCGCCGCAUGAUGCAGCGUCCUAUUCAGACCCUAUCAGAAUCUUUUAUCUUAUAAGAUGCUACUUGUAAGUGAAGAAAAAGUAUGUAAAAUCGACGAUAUCUCUUAAUUCUUUUACAAGGUUAUUAAAAAAUAUCUAUAAUCGUUAUUUUUUAAGAUUUCUUGGCUGCUCUCCUUGCACUGUUUGAAAAUAAAAGUACAAACAUGAUAAACUUAGGACGUAAUUUUAACGACAAUUUACAAAAUUGAGACCCUUUUGUUUUGAAAAUACAUCAAAAGUAAAUGGUACGACUUUUAUGAUGCAAAUGUUUUAGAGUAGAUUCUCAUCGUAUACAUUUGCAACACAACAUUUGCGUUACUAAAUCUUACAUUUCUUUGGUGCAAUCUGAUAAGGGGAAUCAUUUAAAGUAAACUAGAAGAAUAAUUUAUUUGAUCUUUUGAAAUCAAUUAUACGGGUAAUUGUGCUACAUAGUACUUGCUUUCAAUUUAAGCGUACAUAACUAGUGCAGCCAAUUUAAAAUCUGUAAAAGUUAAGACUAUGGAUACUUUUUAACUCACUAUAGUAUAUUGAGUGUUCCACCACCUAUGCAACCCCUUUUACUAUGUGAUAGUUUACGAAAAAAUAAACAAAAAAGUAAUUUAGCAAAAGUUUGUGCGAAGCUUAGUUUAGGCACCAAAUAGUCAAAGUUUGGGCUAAUAAAACAAUGAGGAGCGAGUUUUAGCGAUCACUUGUACCCACACACUUUCUUAAUGCGUGGGACACGUCGAAGAUCGCUUCUCAUUGGUUGAUUAGGCCUAAAUUUGCAGCUUAUUGUGCCCAAGCUAAUCUUCGCAUAACUUUUCGCUAUCGGACUUUUUUGUUGAUUUUUUUGUGUACGAUCACAUAAUACAAGGGGUUGCAUAGGUGUUGGUACAACCUGUAUAUGAUUUAAUAAAUUAUUAUAUAUAAAUACCUGUAUACUGCAAUAUACUGGUAACGGAACGAAGAUUUUCGUUUAUUUCAUAUUCAUUCAUAAUACGCGCAUAUUAACGAGAUUUUUCUUAUACAAAAGCUCAUUGAUUAAAAGUGUGCAAUACAAGAUUGCGAGAGGUAACGAAGAUGUAGCAAAACUAAACAACAUUUAUGCAAAAAUAAACAUUAACUGUAAACAGA